UUCAUUAUAGCAAUAUUCCUGUAUACAACUCUAGAGCGGACAUCUUACUUAAUUUGGAAAUUAAACUCAGCCAUGCCAUACUAAUCAUCCAUACCGCUAUUUUGAUCAUAAUCAGUCUAUUUCCUGGAGUAACAUUAAAGUAACAAGAGAUAUGAGGUUUAAAAAUUUCACUUUAUGUUUUUGCCACUUUUAUAAUUAAUUGAUUCAAGAACAAAGUCAGAUUGCAUCAGAUCAAGAACUUACAGAUAAUGGUUUCAAUUCUUGAUUUAGGAGAUGAUAUCCUUACUGAUGGUAUAGCACCAUUCUUAUCAUAUCAAGAUAUAUUUAAUUUUUCAAUCACUUGUCAAGACAUCUAUAAUUUAUAUUUUGAAUCACCUUAUUCAUCCAUCAUUUAUAAGAUCUUAUACGGGAAGAUAUUCAGUAAUAACGAUAAUGAGAAUCAUCAUAUUAAAUUAUUACAAGAUUUCAAUUGGGAACGAUACUUUAAAUUAAGAAUUCGUCAUGAUCAAAAAGUAUAUACUUGGGGAUCCAAUGAUGGUGGAAGAUUGGGAUAUUUAUUAAAAUCGAUUCCUCAAGAUCAUCAAUCUAUACCGCCUGGGAAUUUCCAUUUCCUUCGUGCUUUCGGUGUCCAUACUCCUACUAAUGUGGUUAAUUUCAAUGAUCGGAUUAUCAUUGAUAUCAUUGCUAAUGGAUUUUGUUUUAUUGUAUUGACAAAUAAUGGUCAAUUAUAUCAUACAGGAAGUUCAAUAAGUGCAUUUGGAGCCUCUACUCCUGGUCCUCAUGAUGGAUAUGAUUUUUAUGAACCUCCUUCAACUAUGUAUAUCACCAGGGAUCAGAAUGAUUUAGGUCCAAGGCGGACGUUAUUAACUCAUUUACCCAAUGGUACGAAUCGUUAUGAUCGAGAUAUUGAUCCUGAAACUGAAGUAGAUGUUCCUCAAGGUAGAAGACGAUUACCAUCUAGAUCAUUAAGAUUACCGCCUGAACAAUUACCUCCUAUUGAAGGAAUUGAUGAUAUCCGUCCUGAAGUUAAAGAAUCAGAAUUUAUAACUAAAUUGCAUUUACCACCCUUGAAAGAAUCAAAAUAUAAAAGGAAAAUCAUAAGUAUAAAUUGUGGUAGAAGACAAAUAUUAGCUUUAGAUAAUCAAAAUAAUUUAUAUACUUGGGAUACCGGUACUAAGACUAAUACUGGGAUUCGAUUAAAAUUUCCAGGAUUAGAUAUAACUGAAGAUAAACAUAUUAUUGAAAAAAUCUUUGCAGGAUGGAAUAUUUCAGGGUGUUAUAUUGCUACAAUUGGAUUGAUUAUAUGGUAUAGCAGAGUUCCAUUCACCAAAAGACAAUUUGAACAAGAGGAUUUCACUAGUAAUGCUAAUUAUUUCAUCGUCCCUAAUUCAAAACAUAAUAUUGUUGAUUUUGCGUUAGGUGAAGAUGUAGUUUUAGUUAUCAAGAAAUCCGAUCCUAAGAAAUUAUACAGUGUUAAAUUCAAUGCUCAAGAAAUGUCGAAUAAUGCUCAUCAAAAUGUCCCUAAUUAUAUUCCUAGUGAAGAAAGUUUAGAUGGAUUUAAUCAAUGGUUAAAACAAUAUAAUUACGAUAACGGGAUUCAAUCUACAUUUCUGAAAUUGAAUUGUUGUUUUAGGAAUUUUGUGGUGUUUACGAAUUAUGAUUCUAUAUUAUUAGGUAAUAAAGAUGAUGAAGAUUCGAAAGUUAAAAUCAUUGACGAAUUACAACAUCAAAAUAUUAAAUCGAUUGAAAUUGGAGAUUUUCAUUAUUUAGCGUUAACUACAGAUGGGAAUAUAUUAAGUUGGGGAAAUGAACUGAAGAAUUGUGGAAGUUUAGGAUUAGGUUCAAAAGAGAUAUUAUUAGAACAAAGACCUGAAACUAAUAAUGAAAUAAUUGAUCAUGCAAGAGAUGGAUUCACAGCCCCUAAACCUUUAUUAGUUAAGAAUCCACCAUUUCCAGGUAAAUGGGUUCUGAUAGCGGCAAGUGGAUGGCAUUCAGGAGGGAUUUACGUACCUAUUGAAGAUUUAAACACGUAAUCAAGUUAAUUUACCUCCUAAUAAGAAUACUAGUUUUCUAUUACAUUCUAUCGUAAUCUAUCGUAUAUAGUCAUAACAAUGAUAAA